AUGGGAAUCAAGGAUGCGUUUGGGAUGGAUGGGAUAAGAAGGCUCUUUGAAGACGACUCCUUUAUGGUUGAUCCUCAGGACAAAGCAUCGAUUGUGAAGUAUAUUUCAUCGCCGGACCUCAAGAAGCAGGUGCAGGCAGCAAAAAGCUUGAUAUGCAGGAUGCAGUGUGGAGAGGAUCUUUCGAAGCUCUGCAACAGCGUCAUAAGGGCAAUAGACACGAGGGAUCCUGAUCUCAAGAGAAUGCUGAACUUAUACCUUGUAAGAUACAUACAGGAAUGGCCUGCCAAGCAACUAAUAUGCAUCAACACGAUGCUGAAGGACUUUGGAGACGAAAACUGCGAGAUGAGGCACUGUGCAAUCCAGGAUAGUGGGCUUCUGGGAGACGGCGUUGUGAUAAAAAACUAUGUCAAUCCUCUCAAGGAGCAUGGGAGAAGCCCAUUGCCUGAAACACGAAGGAAGGUGGCCGAUGCAUUACGGAACUACUUCCGAAGAGAUUCAGAGCUGUUCUAUGGCUCUGGUCUCUGCGACCUACUGAAGGAUCUGGUGUUUGACGAGGAUCCUGGGGUGUGUGCAUCUGCGCUGAACAGUGUCCGAGUCAUUGAGGAGGAGACUCGGAUCUUGUUUACAGAGGACAUCCAUAAGCUUCUCAGAAGAAGCAUGGAGCUUGGGAGCAUGGAAGUUCUUGGAAGUCUUUUGGAAGUAAUGAGGAACAGGGCAGAGGAUUUUUCUGAUCCAUCUCCAUUGGCCAGCCUACUGGCUGCAAGCAAUCCUCGAAUAUUCUAUCUAGCAUCCUCCCUGGUUAUUUCGAUUGAUCCCUCUUACAAGCAGACGGUGUUUGAUCAUCUGAAGGGGUUUUUUUCAUGUGAUGAUGAGGAGCUGUAUCUUAUGCUUGACUAUGCUGAGUCUCUCCUCAAAGACGUAAGCUAUGACAAUUCCUGCUUUGCAAUCUAUCACAGCGAUAAGAAGUACAAUAAGAUAAAGAAGCUUAGGCUACUAUUCAAGAGGCUAGAUGCCAUUUCCGUGAGGGAAAUAGAAAACCAAUGCAGAGAUGAAGAGCUUCUUGGCGUGAUUCUGAAGGAGUCGCUUGAUGCAGAUUAUCUGAUAGAAGAGCCGUUCAGGUGCAUCCACAGGGCUGAUGAGAUGAUUCGAGUGCUUUACGAGGCGGACCAAGUUUCUGAAAGGUGGGAGGAGCUGAUAAGAACAUUUUUAAUGGGUGUGGGGGAGGUACAGGAAAGGCAGAAGUACAUUUAUCUUUGCGGAAGAUAUGUCCUCGAGGUUCCUCCCGGGGUCGUGAAUAUCCAGAACUUGAGCAUUCCCUCCCUCACGAACGAGGUCAUUAGAUUUUAUCUCAAUCUUCACAGAAGAGGGGUGCUAGACUUGGAAGAAACCCUGGUAUAUCUGCGCAUGCUGCAGAAGGGCUCGAGGGAUAGAGUUAGGAUGGUGAUCAGCGAGCUAAAGGCACGGGGGGUCGGAGUAUUUAAAACAUUCUGUGACAUCAAGAGAAGAGACCUUGGCAGUCCUGACUCGAACAGAGCUGCUUCUGUAAAGCCUAGGGAAAAGUCCAGCUCGAUACUCGAUGUAAAGCCGUAUUACGGGCUCGAGGAGAAUAGGCUUAUUGCCAACGAUUCUGAAAAGAUCUCCGAGGAGUUUCCUGGUGGAGAGAGGCCCGUACCUGAAAGAAGCCUCUCCUCUGAAAAGUGUUCGGGGAGUGUUGAUAGCCAUUCGAGCACGGCUGAAGAGAGCAGCACACUUCCCCCUAGUUACACACACCAUCCAGCCCUGUUCCUGAGCAAGCAUGACGAUGAAAAUGUCUGGCUGAGGUUUGCAGAGAGUAGUGGUAAAAUAAGCGGAAAAAAGGUGGGAGAAGAGGAAUCGACGAGACUGAUAGACACAAACGGAUUAAAGGGGAUUCUUAGCGUCUCCGAUGGAAAGGUUGUCCUUCAGGUUGACAUACUGGAAAGCCCACUAGUUAUUUAUUACAAGUGCAAGGGCAGACUCAACAGCACCAAGGUUGAUGGGGAAGGGACGUUUUCCCUCUUCACAAUAAACCUCUCGGUCGUCAACUCGAAGUUCAGUCUGACAAUAGGAAAGUCCACAUAUGGAAUCUACCUAGGGAUCAGAAGCCUGAUGAUUCCACACAGAUGUUCAAAGGAGGAGUUUGAGAAGGGAUUCCAAGAACUCAAGGACUACGUCCUUCUAGACGGGCUCGACAUCGAAAGGACGCAUCCGGUGGACAGCUACUCGUUCUCAUUCACUGUUCUUGGAUCAAGGUUUUACGGGAAGCACCUGGAUAACCAAGUAAUCCUGAAGGGUUCAAAAAAGCUGCUAGGACUCUUUUAA